GGUAGCGGCUAGCCGUCAUUCACCGCGCGUCUUUCGAGCGCGUUCGUUUGGUGUGCCGCGUAGUGACAUAUUUUAAACGGGACGCGUACUCGAGUGAUGCGAAACCACGUGGUUUCCGAGAUCGUUACGGAGAUUCGUGCGUAAAAACAACCGAGUGAAAUAGUUGGAUAAGUUUUGUUCGAAAUUAUUGGUACGAGCGAUCGGAAUGGUUUUUUCGAUAGCCGUGUAACACGGAUUCGCAACGCACGAAGAUGUUAUUGUUCGUUACCAUGGUUACGAAGCGCGGGUAACCGCGAUAGAGAGAGAGUAAUUUGUCGUCGAAAUUGGCGCGAAAUCGUCGAUCUUGACCGGUAGUAGGUAUUCGCGUUCGUGUUCUGUAAGCGAUGCGUUUUUCGAAAGAAAUGAUCUGAACGUUUUGCCAACGGUGCGUUUUUCGAAAGAAAUCGUCGACGUUCGGUCACUGUGUGGUCGUUUAGUGCGCGAAUGUAUCGUGUUCCGUGAAAAGUGCGAAAUGUGACUGAAUGAUCGUUACCGAUCCGUUAUUGCAACCUGGCCGGCGGUGCAACGAGCCACCCUGAUAUGUCCAGAAGGAAGCAGGCGAAACCUCGAUCUCUGAAACGAGACGAAGAGUGGGACGAGGGAAACGAGCCGAAUGUCCUGGAGCUAACCGAACAGGAUAACGAGACCACGGGAAUUAAGCAGGAUGAAGAAGAGGAAGAGGAAGAGGAGGAACUGCAACGCGCGUUCGGUCGUCAUUCCGAGGAAUUUUUGCCCGAAAGAAGACCAUCGUCGGUUCAAGGGGCGGAUUUGGAGAACCAAAACAGUCUCGACAGCGAAAGACGGUAAGGGAAGAGAGCUCGGAGGGUGGUCGAUCUCUCGAAGGAUCGCUACCGGAAUUUUCGAGUUGUCCAGAGAUAGCUUCUCGAAACCGAGAGAAAACUAAUUUGUUCGCUUAGAAAAUCGUCCGAUUCCCCGAGAGACCUCCAGCUGAAACUAUUCGAUACGCCGGAGCAGGAAAUUUGAAAAACUGCCAGUCACACUUUGGAAGAGCGACCUGCUCCAAAAACCUCGACAACCCGGAUGAAAAUUACACGGAGAUUAAGCUUCUGUAGGAUACCGACACGUAUCGGCCAUUUUUUCGAAUAAACGCGAUUUAAAUGUUCCGAAACGCUUUAUCGGACAUUCUACGGGCCGCUCUCUUCCAACACCGCCGGUAAAUUAAUUUGAAAUUUACGAAAGAUCGUAAAAGUAGCCAGGAAAAUUUACGAAUCGGGAAGUAAUUAACGAUGCGUCAUCGGGUAGAUUAUCGGGAGAUUAGGAGAAAACGCUGAUAGAGAUCGAAGAUAUUGUCGAGGCAAUUACUUGGAAAGUACUCGUGAGUUUUAAUUACACCAGACAGACCGAUCGUACACGCGUAUACGUCGUUUCGUUGCGAAACGAAAGGUAGUUGAAAAAAUGACUUUAUUUUCGCGACGUUCGUCUAAUUUCUGGGGAAAUGAUAGCGAUCGAAGAAAGGAAAAUAAUUUCGGAAACGAAAUCUGUUCGUACGAAGAAACUGUUGUCCAUUAAGCAAAAGUCGUAAACCUUUGGACUAAUGGUCACGCGACUUAAGACGAGGGUGUUUAGGUUCUUUGAUCCUGAAGAUGGCGGUUAAGAUAAACCGCGUCUAGGGUGCACCGUUUACUCGGGUAGCCACUUCCGGUCAGAAGGUUGUUUCCUGACUCGAGAAGCUGAACUUACCCUCCACCGAACCGGAAACUUACCCCUUCUUACGCGAAAUGCCUUUAAAUUUAUCGUACCCAGAGAACGUAACUUUCGUUUCUUGCCUUUCGACGCUUUAUCACCGUUUCUACUAUUAUAUUAUUUAAAUACCGCUCGAAUAAAAAACGUACUCGUUUCGGAGAUUCGUAAAGAGGAAAAAAACGCUCGUUGCGAAUACGAUCGACGGCGCUUUAUCGGCUGAUAGAAUUCGAAAAUUAUUUCGAAACGUAGCAGUAUUCGCAGGGGCACGGUUCAAGCGGAUCGAUUACUUAUGUACAUCGUUUAUGAAAUUUCGCGUUCGGUAGGAUUAUCGCGAGAACGAUUACGUUCAGACGGUUAAACCGGAAGUACCCUAAGAGAGUAACAACUACCGGUCUCUGCGUUUCUCGGGAUUGUCGAGACAGUUUCGAGAAGUUUAUGUUCCUUGACCGGAAGUUGCUUUACCAUUAACUCGAAUUUGCAUUUCGCUCGAAAACAAACGAAACGGUCGCUAAAAGACACUUUGAUACGAUUUAUUUCCACGAUUGCCAUAACCGGUGUAUCCUUUUUUCGGAUUCUCUAGAUAGAAACGGAUCGAAAGCGAGAGAAAAAAGUUUCCACUCGAUCGAACACGACGAUGGUUAAUCGAAAGAUAAAGAAUCGUAUCUAGAAGAUAAUUGUUCGAGGCUAGUUCUCGCAACGUUAUCGGCGCGACAGCGCAUCCGGUUGAAAAGAAAACACGACUUUUCCGUGUUACUCGUUCAAAUUUAUCGCGCUCGAACAAACACCGAAGAAAGAAACGAUUCGCCGCUCGUAAUCGGUUCGAUAUCUCGACAGAUGUUUCGGUCGUUGAAUGAAUUUGUUUGCCGGUGAGCAAUUUACGGCGAGCAAAGUACGAGACAAAUUUCUAGACCGCGCGACGACCAAUUUUCUUCGUUCAUCGACAAAUAUUUACCGGAACGAACUCGAAACGAACGAUUGUCUUCUCGUCGGAGUAGCUCCGAUUGUCUAAACUAUCCAAGAGAUUAGCAGUAUCUUUUUUCGAUCGAUAUAAUUGGGCUAAUGAUAGAAGAAGAAAACGGCAAAAAAACGUUUCGUUGCGCGAACGGGAGGAUGAAUCCGCGAAGGUAUUCCCGAUUUGCGGUCGAGAGAUCACACGGAAGCGGUGGAGAUUACUCGGAUAUUCCACGAGCAACUGUGAGAACGCGGACGACGUUUCUUCGUGAAUUUAUUAGAUUGAGACGCUCUCACGCAAGCAUCCCAACGCGACGCUUUAACAGCCACGAUUUCUGUACCGUCAUUUCAGACGAUCGGAGACGCUUUCUAUCGUCUCGUCGUCGAUCCGUUGCCGAUCAAAUCCGUUAAAUCCUGGGGAAUAUUCGAAGGAAAUCGUGUCGAAGCGGACGCGGAGGAGCACGGAAAGCAUGAAUGAAAUCCGCUAGCGCGUGCCACUAGCGCGUGCUGGGAGGGAAGGGAAGAGAAGCCGCGUGAUGUGGACGCAGCCUAAACGUGGGUGGACGCGAUUCAUCUCCGGGGAGAAGGAGUUCCUUUGUGAACGAGCCAAAAGGGAAAACGAACGCGUUGCAUCGAACGCGUCGCGACGCGUCGUAGGCGGAGUCGAUCGUGACGAAAACACUGGAAACGCGCACAUGCGCCUUAUUAAGGAGCCACCCACAAUCACCGUACCAACGACACUCGCGCAUUGCCGAUCCUUUCAAUUUCGUAUACACACGAUUUUCCUCCUCGAACUAUACGUACUCGUACAUACAUAUAUCCUAAUGGGAAAAUGAUCGGCUCGAUAACCUAACGUUUGCCCGCGGAGGGCAGACGAACAAAACAAGACGUAACGACGCGAGAUCGUCGAGAGCGUUAUCGAGUUUUCGUCGAACGAUUCCACCGGUUUUUGUCGCGUACGCGAGUGGACCGCAAGUGGACCGAAUCCUCCCGUAUUCGACACCGAGACGGGAACUAUGCGACUGCAGCGAUGCGAAACAGUCGAGACAAAAAGGAGAGAGACUUUGCCAUUAGAGAUCGCCUCUCUCUCGAGUCCUUGAGCCUCGAGGCACGCACGUCCGAUCCUUGCACCUUUUUUCUCCUUCGUCCGUCGUAAAAACGUAACAGGGUCAACGAUCAAACUAAUAGUUACCCGAUAACACCUACAAAUACCCGGAAAAACGUUCGAUUUCGAAUAAACGAAUAAUUGAAAGCAAUGCACAGGAUCGCGGCGAGGUAAAUAAUCGCGAUGGGUGGGCGCUCUGCUCGCGUUUCGAAAACGGGUUGCAGGCACACCUUAUGGAUCCCCUAAGGACCACGGUAGCCCUAAGAACCGUAGGCCGUAGGGAGUCGGUCUCCUCUGUUGCCCCCAUAAGGUGGCACAGAGCUCCAACGGUGUGUGAGAAUCCAUUCCAGUCGAUUUCACAGGGGUUGCAGGGGGUCUAACUUUGAAUUUCGCUCUCGACCUCUUUCCCUCGCUCCAUCUUUUCUUUUUUUUUUUCUUUUCUUUCCCUCGCGCGUUUUCGAAUGUUUCUCGCGUGGCACACCUUCGAUCGACGCGGUGCAGCGUUCCUGAUCGAAACCCCGCUGGUGAACCCUAAAAAUAGGUUCGAAGAAAAUUAGGCCGUCGGCGUAUUAUACAAAGUACACGGCGUAAUAGAGUAGAUAGAUCCUCGUCGUUGUUAGCGCGAACGUUCCGUCUAUUUCGAUAUCCGUGGCGACGGACAGCGAAGGUAGACGAAAGAGACAGAAGGGGAGCAAAAGAUCGGAAGAGGUUAGGCGGAAAGGUUCCGGUAGCAAAGUAUCGCGUUAGGUCGGUAACGUUGGCCACGUAAGGGCACAUAGGUGGAUUAGGUUGUCGGACGAAAGGUUAAAUAGGUGCGAGAGGUAGCCGGAAGGUGGGUGUACUCGUUAGUGUAGGAUCCCGCCUACCGUCCAAUACGGUGGCUGGUUUCCCAGGGGACACCGUAGCCUCUCACGAGCGGCUUUUGUGGUCCCUUCUCCUUCGCCCCACGUACGGCACUCUUUCGCUUUCGGAAGGAGGACUCGGUGUGUCGUAGUGUCGCGAUAUGUUCGUGUUCGCUUUGCAUCGUGCGCGAUAAUAGGUAUGCUUGCUUGCUUACUUGCUUACUUACUUACUGCUAGCUUCCCGACUUACUUAGUGCGCGCUACACGCUCGAGUGUUCUUCUCCGCUUCGCUCGGUCGCGCUUAACCCGCUUGUUCGCCGUCGCGAUCCAUCGGCCGAUCCGUCAGUCGACGCGAUCGAACUAUCGGGGUCGGAUCGAUCGUCCUGCGACAGGAUCCUCUGCGCGGAUCUCUCCCGAGCACGUUUCCAAGAGAAACAGGAACAGAAACAGAGAGAGAGAGCUUGCGUCGUUUUCAAAGAACGAACCACCGACAACAGUGAA